AGUACACGAUUGUGCAAUAUGUCUAGAUAAAUGUGGUCAAUGUCAGAAAUAAAUUUGUAGAAACUCAUUGCAUAUGACCUUGUAUCUGAGAGUGGAAUAUAACCGUACCACGCUCGACGCACAGACGGUUACGCCUGAAUAGUCUCCUUGUCCGUCAUUACUCCACUUGCCGGCCAUCUGUACAGCGGAUCAUCUUCCUCGUGUCCGGUACUUUCUUUGUGUCAGAAUGAAGCAGGUUGCUAUUAUAGGCGCAGGUGCGAGUGGACUACCAGCAAUCAAGUCAUGUUUGGAAGAGGGAUUGGAACCUACCUGUUACGAAAAAUCCAACCAACUUGGUGGCCUAUGGAAUUAUACAGAUUCGGUCGAGGAAGACCAACCAUGUGUUAUGAAAUCCACGGUUAUAAACACCAGUAAAGAGAUGCUCAGUUAUAGUGACUUCCCCGUACCCAAGGACUACGCUAUGUAUAUGAAGCACACCUACGUACUUAAGUACCUCCACCUGUACGCCAAACAGUUCGACCUCGCUAAGUACAUCCGAUUACGAACCAAAGUUCAGUCUGUGAUGAUGGCCAAAGACUUUGAGACUACCGGGCGAUGGGAUCUUACAAUCGAAGAUUUACAAAGCGGUGAAGUAACAACCAAGACCUACGACGCCGUCAUGGUCUGUACUGGUCAACAUACUUACAAAUACACCCCCGAAUUCACUGGCAUCGAAAACUUCCAAGGAAAAAUACUGCAUUCCCAUGAAUACCGAGACUCACGCGGAUACGAAGACAAGAAAGUAAUCGUGGUAGGCGUCGGGAAUUCCGGAGUCGACACCGCCGUGGAUCUUUGCAAAACAUCAAAACAGGUCUUCUUGAGUACCAGACGUGGUUGUUGGGUGUCCAAGCGAAUUACGGAUAAGGGUCUUCCGAAUGAUAUGGAGAGCUACAGACGGUACCUGUUGGUACUUCAGAGAGGCAUUCCAAAGAGCAUCCUGGAGUGGGGAAUGAUACGGAAAAGUAACAAACAGUUCGACCACAAAGCUUACUCCCUGAGACCUGAUCACGGCUUCUUUUCUCAACACCCGACAAUAAAUGAUGAUCUUCCUAAUCGGAUCGCCAGCGGUUCUAUCAUCGUAAAACCCAACAUCAAACGUUUCCUUGACAACGGAGUAGAAUUUGAGGACGGGACAACAGAGAAAGACAUAGAUGCCGUAAUACUAGCAACCGGGUACAAAUACAACUUCCCUUUCCUGGACACUUCUCUGAUAGAGGUGAAAGGAAAUAGGGUUGAUCUCUACAAACAUCUGUUCCCGCCCAAUCUGAAACAUAACACUCUGGUCCUGGUCGGCAUUAUGCAACAAAUUGGAGCAGUGUUUCCCAUUUCUGAACUUCAAUGUCGGCUGUCUGCAAGAGUUUUCAAGGGGGAUAUCCAACUGCCCUCUAGAAGUGAAAUGUGGAAUGACAUCAAUCAGAAAAGGAACGUCAUGAACAAACGAUUUGUCCAAUCAAAUCGGUACACAAUGAAGGUAGAUUGUGUACCAUAUAUGGAUGAGCUUGCAGAGCUUCAUGGAUCAAAACCAGAUUUAUGUCGAAUCGCCAUGUCUGACCCAAGUCUGGCAUUCAAUUGUUUUUUCGGCCCCUGCACACCUUACCAGUUUCGGUUGGAGGGUCCAUGUAAGUGGGAAGGCGCCCGGCCUGCUAUACUUACCCAAUGGGAUCGUACCUGGCAUCCUAUGCAGACUCGACCAACAGGCCCCUAUUCCUGGACGGAGUCCGCGGAGACGUUCUUGUAUACCACUGUAUGCCUACUCAUGGCAUACAUCCUGAUUCUCAUAUUUUGACGAAGGCUUUCUUCAGGACACAUACGGUUCAGCUCACUGCUAACGCCUUAGUGUAUCAUGUAUGGACAGUCAUACUGUAUCAUGUUAAACCAUACCAACUAUAUCAUGUUAAACCAUACCAACAUAUGUUUCAUACAACUAUAUGAUAAACGUUUUCGCGCAUAAAGUGAGCAAUGUGCCUACCCUACGUAUGUGUAGGAUAUUUGUUGUCAUCGGUUUACCUAUAAUGGUGUAUGUAUCUGGAUAUUUCAUUAAUUCGAACAUGAUAUGUGUACUUCAUACUCAUUCAUUUGUUAAUGAAAAUUGAAAGACGUGACUUAAAACAAAAAUAAAACCUAAUUUGACUGAUA